GUGGGCGUGCGCGCGAGUUCCAGUGAGAAGGCUCGGGGAUCCUCCUCGCGCUCCAGGGGUGUGGUAUAUAGUUCCCAAAGAGAAGUAGAAGGCUUCCAGAAAUUCUAGAAGUCAUUCGGGGUUUGACCGUGAAGACUAUCUUUGCUUUGUAUUAAAGAUGACGUUGGAAAUGUAUUUAGACCUUUUCUCACAGCCAUGUCGCUCGGUGUAUAUCUUUGCCAAGAAGAACAACAUUUCUUUUGAUUUUAUGAAGGUUUCGCUUUUGGAAGGAGAGCAGUAUGGAGAAGAGUUUGGGAAGAUCAACAUGAUCAGGAAAGCUCCUGCAAUCCGAGAUGGAGACUUCUGCUUGGCUGAAAGCAUUGCCAUCAUGAAGUAUCUGGCAGAAAAGUACCAGACCUCAGACCACUGGUAUCCAGCCGAUCUGCAAAAGCGUGCCCGUGUCAAUGAAUACCUGUCCUGGCAGCACAUGGGCAUACGUAUGCAUGGCUCAAAAAUGUUUUGGCUCAGGCUCUUGAUUCCAAAGAUCAUGGGUGUGGAGGUCCCCAAGGACAAGAUGGAUGGAGCCCUGGAGGACCUGGAAGGCUCUCUGAAACUCAUUGAAGAAAAGUUCAUUGGGGACAAGCCCUUUAUCGCAGGAGAGCAGAUCUCCUUGGCCGACCUGGUGGCCAUUGUUGAGAUCAUGCAGCCUGUCGGUUCCGGUUUGGAUGUGUUUGAGGGGAGACUUAAGCUAAGUGCCUGGCGAGACAGGGUUCAGGCGGAGAUCGGGAAGGAGCUGUUCGAUGAGGCUCACCAGGGGAUUCUUGCGUCCCAGGAAAUGGUCAAGAAUAUGGACAGCAGCAAGAUGCAGAUCUUCAAACCCAAGAUCUUGAGAUUAUUCCUCUGAAUGCUCCAAUGACAGUGCAGAGGAAUUCAAAUUAAGCUUGUCAUCAGAGAAAUAAUCAAUCUGUUAUUUAGCCACUAUGCAGCAUGUAACAUAACAGUGUAGCAUAAUACCAAAAACAUCUACAUUUCCUCUAUGGAAAACAUUUCCUGUUAGUGCCAAUUACAUGCAUACAUGAUUUUUUAUUCUAAUGUUCUAAGAAGCUGUAUUAACCUUUCACUGUUUUUGACUGAAUAACAUAUUGAAUUCAGACAACCAGGUUUAAUGUUUGCAAACAAUAUAUUAUCUGUUUCAAAGUUGACUGGGUGGGUGUCCAUUUUUUGCUGUCUACAUUCUUAUGAAUCUGUCUGCAACUUUCUCAUACUGGCUCUUCUUUCACAACAAUCGACCAUAGUCUAGAGAAGUCUGGCACGCAAUAGUGCCUUGUUAGCUAUUGCGUAAAACUAUCAUGCACCCCAAUGGGGAGCUGAAAUAUGAGAUACCUUUUCCUCUCACUCUCUGUGUGGAAUUCCUGAAAGUUACAGGCCGUUCUGUAAAAUGUUGGCAGGGAUACUUCCUUAUCUCAUGGGAGAGAGGGAAAGAAUCAACAGCUGGUAUUUACCUUCUCCUGACCUCAUGAAGUCGUACCCAAAGCCCUAUAGCAUAUGCAUUUGUGUUAGGGGAAGAGUUAAAUAUUGUGUCUUAUGUGUCUUCUAAACAAUGUUCUGUGUGUUGAUACUCCACUACCUUUAAGACCAGAAGGCCAAUGUGGUUGGUCUUUUAUAAUUAAACAGUGUGAUUGUUUCCUUGC